AGUAGUAGUAGUAGUAAUGUAUACAAUAUUGUGAUUGCAUCGGGCCGCCCGGGCGACUGAUCGGUGGGGACGGUGAACUCUCGCCGAAGACUGUCGCCGCACGCACCGAUCCGGACAGUACGCGAAAUACGUUCGGCCGGACAGCGCGGCACACGCGACACAAGUGCACAGCACACGCACGUGAUCGACUCGAGCCUUAAUCAAAGGGAAUCAGCCGAACUCGAUCGGUUUGGAACAAGUUAUUUUUUCGAUAAUUAAAAACAAAUUGUAUUUAACCGAUUAAUAGACCGUGCGUUACGCUGUUUUGUUUAUAUCUCGAUAUCACAUUGUCCAGAGUCCAUAGGAAAAAACGGGAUUUACUUUGGCUGUUUGGUCAAAUCUGUCUUCGGACGAAAAGUUUUGUAAAAAAGUUUGAAAAAGAUUUAUCAUUUUGAAGUGCAUUUAUGCUAUUAACUGUGGUUGUGUAGUAAAAUGGAGGUGAUUCCUCUUAUUAGAAGUUCAAACACUGGUUCGGAAACGUCUAAUGGCGGCAAUGACAUUAAAAGACGCGUUCAAGAAUGGUCAAGACUAGACAGACUGACUGGUAUAUUGGAACAUGCCAGAGUCGAAGCCGAUCAAUGGACUAAUCACACAGCUAAUACAAAACAUAAAUUUGGAAAAGUUACGAAUACACGAGCGCGAAAUUUAGCUGAUGGUAGUAAAGAGCAAACAAAACAAACAAAACAACUCGAAGUAUUUCAAUCGCAUACAGAUGGCUGUUCGGUUCAAGUUAUCAGAUCUCAUACGAGUACUACGAGUUCCUGGCAUAAUUCUAAUACUAUUUCAGGAUUGCCACAAUGGUCUUCUAUAUUUGAUAAAAAAGAGCCUCAAUUUGAUCAAUUUAAUCUCGAAUUCAGUCCUCUAGAUGUUAGCUCACAAAAAAACAAAGCUAGCAUUGGAAGAAGUGGUUCGAUUAGUAGUAGAAGACCUCCAACUCGCCGUCCACAGACUGUUAGAUCAAACUCACCUAUAAUUGAACUUGUUGAUUCUACUGAUAACGAUGAAACAUCAAAUAAUCAUCAAGAACAAAACAGUGAUUCCAAUUCAACAAACCUCAAUCGUUAUAAAAGUUGUUCAACCGAUGAAAUACAUAGUGAAACUACGGAAUCUGAUGAUCACCACCUAGACAGAUCUUCUAGAUUCCGUAGGUCAUUACAGCUAUCUCAAUCUAAAAAUGUCCAAGAAUCUAGUCACAAAGUUGUUGGAGAACUAGAAGAUGUUUUAAAAAAAGUUUUAGGUAAAAAAUUGCAUGUUAUAAAUAGAGAAGAGUCGACGGACGAUGAACAAUUGAUAAAACCUUUGUCAGCUUUAAAAAAACCAGCGUUUAUUACAGUAGAGAGUUUAACCGAAACUAAAAAUAAUCUAAAACACUAUGAUGAUCAAAGUAAAGAUGACGACGGCAUAGAGCCAGAUGUAAAACCUGUUGCAAAUAUUAGAAGUUUGGAUUACAGAGGAUCUACGUUAAAUAGAAACGAAGAAUGGUACAAUAGACGAAAGUCUUAUGGAUUCGAAAAAAUGGCAUCAGAUCAAAACGACAAAUAUACAACAGACUUAUCAGCAAUUGAUUCUUCUACGGAUAGUGGUAUUUGCCGUUCAACAGAAAACGGUUUGUCAAGUUCAAGUCGCCAAUCAUCAACAGACCGCGAAUGUAUUGCUGAUCUUGUUAAAAAAUAUUCCAACAAAGAAAUUAAUAAUAAUAACAGCCAAGUUAAUCCAUAUAGUACAACUUUAGUGACAAAAGGUAGGAUAUUAGAAGCCAUAAACAGUCUAAGAACAAAAUCAAAUACUUGCUUUGAUAAUGUAAAAUUUGGUGAAAACAUAUCAGUAAAUUUAAAAGAAAAUGACAAACAACAAAUUUUUGGAAGACGACUAUCUGUUGAUGCAGACCAAAUAUUAGAAAAAGAAGAAGUUCCCAAACGUCAUUCAAUAGCUGUUGUAAGCGAAGUAAUAGACAAAGUUCAAAAUGUUGACAAGAAGGUUGCUAGUAAAAAAGUAGAAUUUUGUAGAACAGAAGUACAUUUUGAUACUACCCCGGGAAAGAUAAAUAUUGUUGAUAUGGAAGAUAAGCCUGCACCAGCUCAGAUAUACAGACCAAAAAAAAAAUACAAUCGACCACCCGAUAAAAAUAAUGGAUUACCCGAAUAUCAUUUUGGAGUUACUCCUAAUGAUAUAGUAUUGAUUGAACAAAAUAAAUCUAGUACAGAUGAAGAUGAUAAUAAACCAAAAAGUAUUCUAAAACCACAACAACAAAAUGUAAAAGAAGAAAAUUUGGGUAUAGCGUCUGAUAAUGGAAUCGAAGUGAGGAUCUCCUCGACUGAAUCUACUCCAGUAGACUAUCGACGAGCUUCCUGGUCAGUGGCUGAUAGGGUAAAGCAAGUAGAAGCUAUAGGUUUUUCUACUAGGGUUAAUUUUACUGAGGGUGAAACUACAGCAGUCGGUUUUGAUCCAGCUGAUCCUAAAAAAUAUCACCGUUACUCUUAUAAUGAAACUAAGUCACCAGUCUGGAAUCAAAAUAACAGCAACGCUGCAGAUAACGCUGUGAAAUGUCAUGAGAAACUUUUGGUCCGUAUUGGUACAUCUGGUGCCCAAACGCAUUCUAUAGAAUCAACUUCUGGAAAAGUCAACGACUGUACACUAGCAUCCACUUCGUUGGUUAUGAAUACUCCAUUUCGUUCAGAACAACCUAGCACAUAUACAGAAGAAAUUAAUAUAAAAAUGCAAAGUCGAAUCCAAAAAGCUAGUAGCACAUCAUGGCCUCGAUCCAAUCACAAACAUUUUUCGGCACUUGCGUUUAGAAAAUUUAACAUAUUGAAAUCAUGUACUGUCAUCAAACAUGACCAAGCUUCGGAAUCAAUGCCGGAAGUUUUAGUUGCCUUGGAUGACCUGAGUAAAACUAUCGAUCAGCAAAUCGUAGACAGUAGCACAAACAAACACGUGAUGCUUAUUAAAGUACGACAACCCCGAGAUGAAAUUCGCGGUCGACUGGAGUACGCAAAAGAUCUCAUGAGUACGGAUGAGACUAGUGAAGAGAGUUUAAAGGCUGAUGAAGAAGUCAGGUCAUACAUGGCCGCUGACUGCAAUGAAAAUGAACAAGACUGCUCCCCUUAUUCCCAUACAUGCGACAACCUGAAAAAGCUCAUAUCUACCAUAGAACAAAAUAAUGAUCUUUUAUUUUGUAAUCAAGAUGGUUUUAUCAAACAAUCAGAAGAUAAACUUUCACCAGUAACAAACGUCAGUUCGGUACUGUUGAACCAUGAACAACAAUUAACGUCAAAUGAACAGUCCAAGUUCCAACCAGUAAAAAUUCAUACCGUACCUAUGACAGUACUUGAUGAAAAUUUUGUUGCGAUACCACAAAAAACUAGUAAAAAAGUCCCGGUUAAAAUUGUACAAGAUAAUCGAAAAGAAAAAUCAAAAUUGACAGUACCAGCAAUUAAAAAAUGCACUCCUAGUGUUUCGCUAAAACAGGUUCCUAUGACAAUUCAACCAAAAAUAGCGUCCCAAGAAAGAGAAAAAAAAUUUGAUAAAAAAGAAACGACCACCAGUGUUAUUGGGCCAAGAGUAGGUAGUAUACGAAUUAGAGACAAAACUUCUCAGAGUAGAAAUCAAGAUCUUUUCAGCACUGGCAGAGACAGUUGGUGCAAUAUGCCAAAAGACUUGGGACCCAAACUUAAUAAGUCUAAAGUGACAACGUACAAACAACGAAAUUGUAAAGACAUCGUGGAAUCUGUAGAAGUAUCAGUACUUGAAGAAUUAAACCGCGCAGCCGAUGAGAUCUUAAAAGCGGUGAAUGGAUACACAGAUGAUGAAUCUCAAAUGCAUUCGAAUUUUGACGAUAAAAAGAAAAAACCAGAUGAUGCGAAAUUAAAAAAUAAAAAAAGGGCAGCUAGACUUUUACAGAGAGCUAACAGUAGAGAAGCUCUUUUACAUCUUGAUGAAAUUAGUUCUUCAGAAGAUGAAGUAAUUGAAGAAACACAACGAACAAAACCAAGAACUCAAAGAAAAAAUAAAUCACAGCAAACUAAUAAUAGCGUCGCCACUAAAACUACAACAAGUUUUACAAAAAAAAUUCAAAAUCGCACACAAACCAACAACACUUUAAAGUCAAAUAAUGUCCAACAUAAAGUUCAUCCAACUUACUAUGGAAACGUAUCAAACAGUUCUACUCAAACAACGAGAUAUCGAACCAAAACAUCAGAUAUUAAACAAUCUAUUGAUCAGAAAGAAAACAAACCGAAGUAUCAAAGCAAAAUAACGACCAGGGUUUUUAAUUCAAAAAAACCUAAGAAUCCUAUCGAAGAAACUAGAAAUCGCAUUAAAGGAAGUUAAAGUUUACGAUUUUUUUUAUGAUAUUAUACUUAAAUUAACAUUAUACUAUGUGUAUUGACCAUUCAUAAUAUAUUGACGUGGUUCUAACUAGAUAUAUUAAUUUAUACAUUAUAAAUAAUAUUUGUUUAUAAAAAACUUUGGGUAAAAUUACUUUAAUAUUUUAUGUUUCGUAAUUGUAGUUUUUCUCUAUUGUUGCAAUGUAUACAAACUUUUAAAUUAAUUUAAAAUUUUGUUAUACGAUAUGUUACUUUUUUAUAUAAGACAUGUUUAUUAACAAAAUAAAGUGUGAUUUUACCAUUAAAUA